AUGGAGGACAACAACAGCACCAUGUCAGAUUACAGCUUGAUUGACAACCACAGAGAACUGACAAAAAUCCUGUCCAACUUGGAGGUUCACACGACGAACUGUGAACAUUCAGUGAGGUUCACUAGAGAUGACAUGUGUGUGACUGAUAAUGAUGAUGUUUAUUUCACAGACAUCAGACACAAGUCCAUCAGCUGUCUGUCACCAUCAGGAUCUGUCUCAACAGUCAUCAAUACAGAUCCACUGGUACCAUUAGGAAUCUGUCAGCCAGUGGACAGUGGACUACUGGUCACAUGGAUAGACAAGGAAUCAGAUGUUUACAAAUUAGAGUCACACAGCAGACGUCUGGUGAGACACAUCACAGUGACAGGUGAAGUCAUCAAUGAGUAUGAGGACGGUCAGCCCAGACUGUUUACAUUUCCAUACAGAGUCACACAAAACAGUAACAGUGAUAUCUGUGUUUUGAACCGUACAAGUGACACUACAGGUGAUCUAGUGAUUAUGUCUCCCUCUGGUCGUGUGAAGUUUGUCUACUGUGGAAAAGACCUGACAAAGAACUUCCGUUCAACUGAUGUAGUGUGUGACUCUCUCUGUAACUUCCUUGUUACUGACCUUAACAACAAGAUCCAUCUACUGAGUCCUGACGGGGAAUGGAGAGAACGCUCCAUCCUCACUCUCCCUAUACAAGUCUACACUGUGGAUAGGAUACACUGA